UGGUAUUACUUCCGGGGUUGACUCAUGAAGCAUGCUAACCAAACCUAGCAGUUUAAAUAAUCAGAAGUACAAAUGUUUCUUAUGAUCUUAAGCUGUGUUUGUUAGAGACAAAGUCGGCAGACUCUGCAAUGACAUAAGAAAGCGGUGGCUUUUGUCUGUACUGGUGGAAGAUAACGUUAAAGACAGGAGAUGAUAGAGCCAGAGGUGCUGACGGAGGUUCCCGCAGCAUUAAAGCGGCUCGCCAAGCAGGUGGUGCGGGGUUUCUAUGGGGUGGAGCACGCCUUGGCCCUGGAUGUGCUCAUCCGCAACCCAUGUGUGCGUGAGGAGGACAUGCUGGAGCUGCUCAAGUUUGAUCGUAAACAACUGCGGUCGGUGCUCAACACCCUGAAGGCUGACAAGUUUGUGAAGUGUCGCAUGAGAGUGGAGACUGCCCCUGAUGGAAAGACAACAAGACACAACUACUACUUCAUCAACUACAGGGUCUUGGUCAACGUGGUGAAGUAUAAAUUAGAUCAUAUACGACGCCGCAUCGAGACGGAUGAGCGAGACUCCACCAACCGCGCCUCCUUCCGGUGCCCCUGCUGCUUCUCCACCUUCACGGAUCUAGAGGCCAAUCAGCUGUUUGAGCCAAUGACAGGUACAUUUCGCUGCACCUUCUGUCAGACGGAGGUAGAGGAGGACGCGUCUGUCUGUCCUGACGGCCGGACACAAGUGGCGCGCUUCAAUGAGCAGAUCGAGCCCAUCUACGCGCUGUUACGCGAGACCGAGGACGUUAACCUGUCCCAGGACCUGCUGGAGCCGGAGCCUGCUGAGAUUCCUGCCCUCAAACAGAGCCGUGACCGUGCUGCAGCAGCCGGAGCAAACCAAGGCCCACACCGUGAAGCCUGGUCCAACAAGGGCUCCUCUUACGCCGACCUGUACACCCAGAAUGUGGUCAUAAGCAUGGAGGAGCAGGAAGAACAGCUGAAGAAGGCCAACGCAGGCAAGGCACCGAAGGAGAGGCCCGUCUGGUUGACCCAGAGCACCGUGCAGGGUGCUUACAGCGAGCCUGCCGUCCUCAAGAACAGUGGAGACGUUGCUCCCGUGGCCCAGGAUGGAGCAGCAGGUCAUGGAAUUGAUGAGUCGGAUGAAAAUGAGGAAGUGAUGCGCGCCCUGCUCAUCCACGAGAAGAGGGGUGCGGCGGCAACAGGUGGAGGCGGAGCAAGCACUGCCACCAAGAAGCCCAGCUCCACCAAAGCGAACGCCAGCGACUCCGACAGCGACACCAGCGAGUCGGAUGACGACACCCGCUCGGGUCCUCCCCGGCCACAGCCGCUCAGCAUCGGGCCGCAGGAGGAGGAAGAGGACGAUGAUGAGUUUGAGGAGGUGGGGGAUGAGCCAAUGGUGAUGGUCGGGGGAAGGCAGUUCACAUACAGAGAGGUCAGCCAGAGGCCAGAGCUGGUGGAGCAAAUGUCUGCACAGGAGAAGGAGGCCUACAUUGAAAUGGGACAAAACCUCUUCCAGGACAUUUACUUCUGAACACACACUCCCAUUAUACACACAUACACACAUACAUUUACACACUCACUAUCAACACUUUGAUGGAUUGGCUACGAGUUCUGAGCUAUAAGUAUACUUCUUCUGUCGGUGAUGACAUCUGGAAAAAAAUGUUUGUGGAAAGAACUUCUCAAGAAAAAAACAAGAUGUCGCUCAAGAAGUAAAUACAGUCAGCUUCAUGCUCUUGCAUUAUAAGAACCAAGGACAGUGUUGACAGUGUUGCCUAGGUGAUCGCGCCUUUAGUAUUCUGUCCUCAGUAUUGUUUGUUCUCAGUCGUCAGCCCAGAGAGGAGUUGGCGAGCAGUUUUUUUUAGCACUGAGUGCCAAUUUGUGUUUUGUUAAUCUGAAAUGAAAAUAAAACGGACUAACAGACUGUCUGAUUCAGUCAUGUUUUUAAA